AUGGCUGUGUCAGAGAGGACUCGUGCAACAUCUGCAAUGAUCCUCUAUGUGCUAAUUGCAGUGGGUUUGGGUCUGGAUUAUGCACAGCAUGCAUUGAUAACGCUUCAGGAACCACUUGCAACUGCAAUCCCGGAUUUACCCUUAUAUCAGGAGCUUGCACAUCAUUAUGCUAUCCUGGCUGUUUGACCUGCACCUCACUUUCAUACUCUAGCUGCACCUCAUGCCAGUCAGGAUAUUAUUUAUACCAAAUGAUUUGCUAUAGCAGUUGCCCUACUGGAACAAUUUCAAAUUUAUCCACAAAGUCCUGCGACCAAGAUUCUCCAUUUUCUAUCAUACUCAACUUUUUUCAACUUUCAAGCCUGCCUACUGGGUAUUCUUCGUCAUCUCAACUUACCUAUGCCACUGAUCGAGGCUGGAAAUUUGGAAAAAAUGACUUUGUUUCAACAGUUUAUCAGAUCCCUGAUUUUUUUACGAUUUCGACCUGGAUUUACAUCUCCCAAAAUGCUGAUUUUGCGAUGAUUUUCUAUAUAA